GGCUGGUCAGACAUUUCAGUUGGAGCUCCGUUUUCUAUUUUUUGAUGAGCGUUUUGAUGAUUGUUGCUCAAAUGAGUGCUUUUUUGGUAUGGCCCACAUUUUCAUCCAAUCUGGCUGUAAAGACACUUGCUCUACCGUUGAUUUUUGUUUCAAUGCGUUGGUGGGAAAACUAUGUUACGUCAAGUCCUUGUUUGGCACAUAUAUUAAAAACAUACCGACGCAAUCGUUCACGAUAUCAGACGUAUCUGUAUCUUUCACCAUUGAAAAUUAUCGUGUUUACACUAAUUGGAUUUAGCUUCCAUGGCCAACAUAUCACAGAUUAUUUCUCAUCUUUUAUGAAUGCCUGGCAACCCCAUGACAUAAUAAUUCAACGAGGAGAGCCUUCAAUGGAAUCAACAUCUCGGAUAUUAAAAAUUUCAACCAAUGCCAGAGCCGUUGUAUACGUUCUGAUACUACAAGUAAGCUCCUCGUAUUUAUGCUACAUUUUCUCGAAGUUCGCCUGCAAAGUAAAAAUACAAGAAUUUAGCCUAUCUCUGCCGUUAAACUUGGUCGGGCCCAUCUCUAUUGCAAUCACAAGUUGGAUGACAUCAACGCGAGGAGCGAAUGUUUGCACUCUUCACACGUUCCUUCCCGACUAUUUGGGUCUUAUAGGAAAUAGAGAAAAAGAGUUUCCUGAUGGUAUUAUAGCGGAUAGAUUGUGGAUAUGGCCACUUUGGUGGCUAUCGCAGAUAUGGAUAUCACGACACAUUUGGCGGCCACGAAACGAAAGAAAUUCACCAACAGAAAAACUGUUUAUAUGCCCGUGGUAUUGCGGUUUUUUGAUAGAUCAGUGUAUAUCAAUGAAUCGGCGUAUCACCGAUCUUAAUGAGGAGCCUUCAUCAAGUAAGAAUUCACUGGUGACCUACAGCUCCGGCCGAAUUGAAUUGUGUGCAUCAUCCUGCAGAUACGUUGAAAUUCAAAUGUCAUCGGAAUCGCCAGCUGAUAUAAUGGAAAGCGACAAAAUACCCCAGUUGAUCGUAUGCGCCACAAUGUGGCAUGAAACACAAGAAGAGAUGAUGGAAUUUUUAAAAUCAAUUAUUCGGUUGGAUGAAGAUCAGUGUGCCCGACGCAUGGCGAAGCUGCACAUAAACGGCGGUAAACCAGACAAUGAGUACUACGAGCUAGAGACAAAUAUCUUCUUUGAUGACGCGUUCGUGUUGGAUGAAAAGUUGUGUGAAAAUUCUCGAAAUCCUCCGAUGAACGAAUAUGUUAAAACAUUAAUUAUCAGCAUUGAGAAGGCAUGUUUUGAGGUUUAUGGUGUCAAUAUGAAAAUAAAACCUCCAGUCAAAACUGAAACUCCUUAUGGUGGUCGCCUCAUAUGGACUUUGCCUGGUCGAUCCAAAAUGAUUGCUCAUUUGAAAAAUAAAGACAAAAUCAGGCACAAGAAGCGUUGGUCUCAAGUUAUGUACAUGUAUUAUUUACUUGGCUUUCGAAUAAUGGAGUUAGAAGGUAUAUCUGCACGGCGCAAAGCCGUUAUCGCGGAGAACACAUUCCUCUUGGCAUUGGAUGGUGAUAUCGAUUUCCAACCACAGGCCGUGCAGCUUUUAAUUGACCGCAUGAAAGCCAUAGAUGAGUUGGGUGCAGCUUGUGGACGAAUUCACCCCGUUGGACGUGGACCCAUGGUAUGGUACCAAAUUUUCGAAUAUGCCAUAGGCCAUUGGCUCCAAAAAGCCACAGAGCACGUCAUUGGCUGUGUGCUCUGCAGUCCGGGAUGUUUUAGUCUCUUUCGUGGCAGUGCACUUAUGGAAAAUAGCGUGAUCAAGAAGUACACAACGGUAUCAAGUGAGCCCAUGCAUUAUGUUCAGUACGACCAAGGUGAGGAUCGAUGGUUAUGCACAUUGAUUUUGAAGCAGGGCUUUCGCGUCGAGUAUUCAGCCGCUUCGGACGCUUACACACAUUCACCAGAGAUGUUUAAUGAAUUUUAUAAUCAGCGUCGCCGUUGGGUGCCCUCUACUAUUGCUAACAUAUUUGAUUUGUUAUCCGAUGCAGACAUAGUUGUAAAGAACAAUAGUUCUAUUUCAAUGCCGUACAUCGCAUAUCAGGCAAUGCUUAUGGUUGGUACAAUCUUGGGACCAGGCACCAUCUUCCUGAUGAUGGUCGGAGCAUUAGUAGCUGUGUUUAGUACAAGCAUUUGGAGCUCUUUUUUGUGGAACUUCAUCCCUGUACUAUGUUUUAUAUUAUCUUGCGUUUAUUUGAAGCAGAAGUUUCAGCUUUUGCUAGCUUUUGUAAUAAGCUCUAUGUAUUGUCUGGUAAUGAUGGCCGUUUUGAUUGGCAUAAUCAUACAAAUGAUAGAUGAUGGGCCAUUAGCUCCAGCAUCGCUUUUCUUUCUCCUGGUUUUCAUACAAAUUUUUAUUGCAGGCGUGGUUCAUCCACAAGAGGUCAGCGCGUUAAUCUGUGGCUUUAUCUACUACAUCACCAUCCCCUCUAUGUACAUGUUACUUCUUAUUUAUUCUGUUUUUAAUAUGAAUGAUGUUUCGUGGGGUACAAGGGAAGUCGCUGUAAAAAGGGAUGAAGAUAUAGAAACAGCGUCAGGUGAUAUUGAAGCCGGAAGUCGAGAGUAUUUACCCGGCUGGAUAAACGACCCGUUAUUGGUUGACUCUGAGUUGGGCGAGAUAUCUCUUAAAGAAAAACGUUUUUGGAAGGAAUUGAUUAAACAUUACUUGCGGCCAAUGUUUCACACAAUAGAAAAGAAAGCCGAAAUUGCUGAGAGCCUUCGAGAAUUACGCAACAUGUUCGCCUUUGCGUUUAUAAUGAUUAACUCCAUUUUCGUUUUGAUUGUCUUUUUACUCCAACUGAAAAAGGAUUAUCUACACCUGGAGUGGCCAAUUGAUCCAGUUGACUACAUAACGUACGAUGAUACCAAUUCCCAAAUUUACGUUUAUAGACGUCAUAAAGAAUUGGACCCCAUCGGUUUAUGUUUUGUUUUGUUUUUUGGCUUGAUAUUGAUUAUACAGUUUAUUGCAAUGUUUUUCCACCGUUUUGCAACAAUAUCGCAAUUAUUAGCCACAACUCAAUUGGAUUGGUUUCGAACGCCUAAUACAUUAACAGACGAAGAUGCUGCACAGGAAAUAAGAGGUAACGCCGUAAACAUCGCUCGCCAAUUGCAACGGCCAAAGCGCUUCGACGACGUUGACGAUGAUUCAGCAAUGGAGGACAUGAAUGAUUGCAAUCGAGCCAAUAACAGUGAUGGGCGAAACAGCAUUUACCGCCGCCAAACAAUUUUCAAGUUGCAUGAGAGUCGAAAUAAAACAUCUCGCGAUUAUAGUGAUUUGCCAAGAAACUUCGAAAGGCGGUUCCUUGGCGAAGACGAGAUAAAUGUGAAACACAUCUCAAUGAGUAGAAAAUCAUUGGUGAUGUUGAAUGAAAAGCGUAGUAUUGCGAAAAGACGACUCACAGAUCAAGUACAGCGUAACACGGACUCUAACAAAUAUCCUGUAACUUUUUCUCCAACUGGAUACACAAAUGUAGCUUUUGAGCCCACAAUUAGUAUUAUUUCUAAUUACCUUCCAAAUGAUUCUGGGGAAUGGUAAUUUUAAAAAUGGUGGUGAUUAAAAUGGUGGCUUCAGAUAAGCUGGAUUCAUUUGUAUACAUACAUAUAUGUGUAUGCAUGUGAGCAAAGUAAAAAAUCUAAACUGAAAAAUUUUAUGAAGGGCAAAUGUUUAUAGCUCCUAAAUGUACAUAUCCUCAAACAUAUGCAUCAGACACUCAAAAUUAAAAAACAAUAUAUGUAUUGGACGCCCUAUUUUU